AUAUUUCAAAGAAUAUUGAGCAAUAUACAGUAGAAUCCGUUUAUUAUGACUCCGCCUAUAUUGACCAACUGGUUACUAUGACGUAAUAACACUACGAAGUUUGGUUUUCGUAUAAAAUUCUUCAUAAAAGAGUCGGAUAUUAUGACUUCCCUUACAGUGACAUGUCGCUUAUUAUGACCCAUUUUUAAUAAAUUAUGUCCGGUUAGAAUGACUGACAUGAUUCUUUACACCUCCGGCAAUGUUCGUUGAUUCCCUACGCCGUUCGGCACGUGGCUCGUUUUUGUUUUAAGUCUCAGUGAGUAAUUGACGCUUGAAUGUCACGCAUUGUUUUUUGUUUGUUACUGUUCAAGAUUGAGAUAUUGUAUGGGGUAUGGGACAAAUGUCGCCUGAUUGUACCGUUAUUUCAUCUUAUUUUCUGUAUGUGCAUACAUAUGUUAGCGACGCUGACUGCUGCCUACUGUACAUAUGCACACCUCUAGCAUAUGCUCUAUUCCCGGAAUCCUAAUAGUUUUUGUACAUGUGCUUACUGAACAAGCUGACUUAUAAUUGCCGCUUCUUGCGGAUUUGAGUUAAUGUCAAAAAUAAAGUCGUGACGAUAGGUUUGAUUUGGAAUCUUAUACAGUUACUGUGAAAAAAUGUCAUCACAAUGACGUAAAGCAAUUGAGGAGAAAGGUGCAAUAAUAUGCAGAUUAGAAAAUGGAGAAUCUAACUCAUGUCUCGCAAAGGAAUUUGGCGUGGGUCAUUCGACAAUCUCAAUGAUUUUUAAAAACAAGAACCGCAUUAAGCAAUCGUUCAAUUCUAAUGUUUUGAAACCGAAAAGGCUUCGAAAAUCACGACAAGAAAAUGUUGAUCAAGCAUUAAUUCAGUGGUUUAAAAAUAUGAGAAACAAAGGAAUACCUGUCAGCGGCCCUAUGCUACAGGAAAAGGCAAAUGGUUUUGCCGCGCGUUUUGGUAUUCUCGACUUUAAUUGUUCUGCAAGCUGGAUCAGUCGUUUUAAAGUUCGACAUAACAUUGUGGCGGGAAAAAUUGUCGGUGAAUCUUCGUCUGUUGAUCAAAAUUCAACAACAAACUGGUUGAUAUCUGUGUGGCCGAAUUUACGAAGACAAUUUUCUGAUGAUCAGAUAUUUAAUGCUGAUGAAACUGGUUUUUUUUACAAAUUAAUGCCGGAUAAAACUUUAAAAUUUAAAGGUGAAAAUUGUAGUGGAGGUAAGUUGUCGAAAGAUAGAAUAACUGUCAUGGUAGCAGCUAAUAUGAGUGGAACAGAGAAAAAGAAAUUGCUCAUUAUUGGAAAGUCACAAAAACCAAGAUGUUUUAGAAGUGUCAAAUCAUUACCUGUGGAUUAUGCUAACAAUCGUAAAGCUUGGAUGACGUCAGAGCUUUUUGAAAAAUGGCUUCGUGAUUGGGAUUGUGAUUUGGUGAAGAAGAAGAAAAAGAUUCUAUUGCUGGUUGAUAAUUGCCCGGCGCAUCCAAAUGUUACUGAUUUAAAGUCUAUAACACUUGCUUUCCUUCCGCCGAAUACAACAGCAGUACUACAGCCAAUGGAUCAGGGAAUAAUACGAUCACUCAAAACGAAUUUUAGGAAGAACCUUGUGCUCAAAAUGAUUAACUGUCUUGAUGCUAAUGAAAACAACUCUUCUACAAAAAUAACGGUGCUAGAUGCAAUUCUGAUGGUUAAUGAUGCCUGGAAUAAAAUUUCACAAAGUACCAUUCGUAACUGUUUCAAACAUGCAGGAUUCAUUGAAAGCCACGACGGUUUACCUAUUCAAAUAUCAGAACAUGAAUUCGAUGAAGAAGAUGACAUUCCUUUAUCUUUGUGGUCACGAAACCUAAAUUCAGAUUCUUUUGCAGCACCGGAAAUGUGGGAAGAUUAUGUUGACAUCGAUAGCGCUCUCCUCACAUCCGAAGAACCCACCGAUGAAAAUAUCGUACAGAACAUUAGUGCCAAGAAACAACUCGAAAGUGAUGGGGAAGAGGAAGUCGAGGAAGAACCAUUACCUACCGCAGAAGAGGCAUUAAAAGCUGCAGAAUUAUUAUCACGAUUUGUUCACAGCAAUAUUGAAAAUGAUAAUUUGACCAUAGCUAUGUCUUCUAUACACAAUAGUAUUAGAGACUGUUUUUACAAUAAAAUGAAAAAACAAAAGCAGACAAAAAUUACAGAUUACUUACAGUAA